AUGGCCGGGUACCACGAGAAGAAGCUCUCAAGAGCCGUUAGCCAGGUCGACCUCGCUGCCGCUCUGACCUCGCUUCCGAAGGAGCAAGAGAACAUCGUCAGAUACACCCAGGAGGAGCUGCUCAGCUUACGACCAAAGGACAAGAAGAAGAAUGGAGCACAUGUUGAGUUCGUCGAAGUUGGCCUACCUCCAACGGAUGGGGUAAUGACGCCACCAAAUUUCGUUGCUCCAGCACCUCCUCCCCCAACUCCUGCUUCCCCUGGGACUCCACCUACCCUGGAUGAAGGCGUUCUGAAGGAGAAAGCCAAUGGUCUCGCGCCACUUCUUGCAGAAGGAGAGAAGAAGAAAAAGAAGAAGAGCAGUGGCAAGAAUAGGAAGGCGGCUCCUACGGGAUUUGAAGAAUUCUAUGCCGACCCCCCUAUCACCCCAGAUGAGCAUGAGGAAGAGGAAGAUCUUUAUGAUGAAUCUCGCCCGUUCCCUGAUCGCGUUCAAACCUGCAUUCAACGCUACCGGGCUCGACGUAACCUCGAUUCGGACCGGGCCAACAUCUUGACAAAGUACCUGAUGCUCGGAGGAGUCGAUUCCACGGCCAAGAUGUUCACGGGAGGGCUCGAUAAAGAGACUUUGGAGAACUCGACAGCUGCCGAAAUCGCUGCCAUCCAAGCAACUGACUACGUGCAAACUGGUACUAAAAGUGCCAAGUUUUACGAUGGUUCCGAUAAAUGGGUUGUCGAUUUCGAGGUGGUCGCUAAAGGUUUCUUCUCGUAUCGCAUUCCCCGUAUGUUUAGCAUCGAUCAUGAGCGGGAGGUUAAGUUGUACAGCCACGUCAUUCGCAACUUCCUCAACUACGUACUUCAUCAUCGCGUCUGCCCGGAAUACACCGAAGAUGUCAUGGCUGCCCGAAAGGUCUGCGAUCUAGCUGAGAAGGAGUUGUGGGCCAUCCGACAGCUUCAGUCAAAGCUUCCGGGAGACUUUAAUGUUGCCGCCUCAACCCUUCAUGGCGGUCGUUAUAUGCAAUAUCGACUCAAUGCGCAAGCUUGGGGUCUCGAUGAUCCCGAUUCCCAGGACUAUGCCUCUACCAACCAAGGUUUCACCGAUACGGAGGCUGAAAGAAUCUUCAAGACUGCUGUCGCGUUCGCCGGCGACGAUGCCCUGUUUAUGAAGGCCAUGAAGCCCGACAUCAUAAUUACCAAGACGGCGAGGAAGUUUUACGAAGUUGCCGAGGUUGAGCGUCCAAGCCUCAACACGAUCGCACAGUACGCGAGCGUGAAAAACUCGAAAGGCGAGACUGGAUACAUCAAAGCUCUGGGCGUUGUUAGGUUCAAGACUUGGGAGGGUCCCGGUUUCGAGCCUGAGGACUUCACUGAUGACGAGGAUGGCGCUACUGCGGUCAAGGCUGAAGAGGCUGGUUUAGAAUCGUUUUGGCUUGAAGAUGAGAUCUUGGAGCUUUUCUUCAUUGGUCUGAAGCUUGAAGUUGAGGCCCAUGAGCUCAAUGUUGGCAUCAAGUUCUUCGACACUGUUCUUGGCCUUCAUUGCUCAUUCCAUACCUAUCUACCGAAUGAGAAGAUGAUCUAUUGGAAAGAGCCUGCACUCAACACUCGCCCACCACCAACGGAGGAUGAUCCCGAUGUCGAGGAGAGAGCAAUGGAGGCGAUCGCAGAACGAGAAAUCGAGGAGGAUGAAAAGUGCCUUGGGGGCAAGUAA